AUGGACUAUUUCAAAUCCCUGGUUGGGGGGAAACCCUCACAGGUCCCGGUUGUGGUAGAGGAUUCUGAUUUCGCGGAUUUCGCAGACGCGCCCGCGCCGUCGCCAGUAUCCAUCCCGGCCUCUCCAGCCGAUGCGCAGGCGGCCACGCCCACCGAUGGCACGGGCACCACAGUCGGGGUCGGCCAUCGAGGAGUCUACACGAAAUGGUACCGGGUGUGGGAACGAACACAACCGUCAGAUUUUAUCAUGGAAGGAGUUCUGAUCCCAUUCAUCAUCGUUGCAUUGCUGCUACACUUCUGGGGCACGCGGACGAACCGACGCAAGGCUCGGAAAUGGGUUGCGGUGCACGCGCCGCUGCUGGAGCGCGAAUUCGCACUUGUGGGUUACAGCCAAGUGCCCAAGAUCACGCCGUACCCGGCCGUCCAGGGCGACAGUCUGCUCGAAGCCAGCGCGAAACUGACCGGUGACAAUGUCCCCGAAGAUCUGUACAAGGAGAAGACGGCGUGGGAAUUCGAGACAUAUGCGAGCGGACGGUUGAAUGCGGCUUUUGUCGAUGUCAGACUCUAUCUCCGCAGACGUAUGAACCCCUUGUAUCUGGCGGCCGAGGAGAUUACGGGCAUGUUUUUUGAAUCUGUCAAACCGAAGGCUGAACGGGUCGAGGCGGUCCUCUACACUUUUGACGGCAAGGAAAAGGACUUUGUGCCCCCUCCGGUACCUGGGUCUGAGGAGGCUGGUAGGGUGAAGCCUGUCGGCAAUUCGACCUAUGAUGGCUUCGUGUUUGCCAUUGUCAAUAAGAUGGUCAUGCGUCGUCUAAGAGAUGAGCGCUACGAUUUAUCGCUUACAUUCACCAAGGAUAAUGCGAAACUGCCUAAUUGGGUCACGGUGAUGAGCGAGAGCGCCGAGGUCACGGAGACCAUGUUGACCAAGGAUCUGAUUGCUGCGGUUGAAAAGGCCGGUGAUCUCUUUGAGUAUUUGAUUGUUACGGACCAGCCGACGGAUAAGCCGACGAAUUUGAAUGAGACGACGCCGAAGAAGAGGCUUCAUCUUUCCCUGAGAUUGCCUAAGGAUGGCAACUAUCUGCCGACUUUGCCGAUCUUUGAGGCAUUCCUGCGGCUGCCGGAUUUCUUGGUCGCUCAGGCGCAUUUCCGCCCGGAGGUCAUGAAGAAGGUUAAUGCUAUUCGUGAGGCUGAGAAGGCUAAACUCAAGAAGUUGAGUGAUAAGGAGGCUGAGGAGGAACGGCUCAGGAUGUUGGAGAAGAUGAAGAAGGAGGAGAGAGAUCGCAAAAUGAAGGGUAUGAGUGCAGAGGAACAGAGGAAGUUUUUGGAGCGGGAGAAUGAGAAACAGAGGAAGAAGCAGGAGAAGAAGAUGACGCGGAGGGGAUAG